AUGGUGGACAAAGAGGAGGGAAAGGGUUGCUCGGCAAUGGUCAUCGAAAAGAUUUCCCCAGAGGAGUCACGACGCUCGUGGUUGAGACUGAAAUUUUGUCAGGUCUACUUUCUGCUCGUUUUGGUUGCAGUUUUGGCGUUCGCCAUUCUCAUCUUUUGCAUCGUUUUCGCAGCAAAGCUAAGCCAAAUGAAUAGCCGUUAUGAGAGUAUAGAGGCGAAGACAAAGGGAUUGAUGGAGAUGAAGCAAGGGUUCAACAAUUUCCAAAACGCUGGUUUACUGUUAAAUGGCAACAAUAAUAAGCAAAAGACGGGCGAUGGAGUUCCAUCGAAAGAUGAGUACGAUGAAAUGGAAGGAGAGGGAUUACCGCCAGCGAUCAAGCCAUCAAAAGUCGUUUAUGGAAGUGAAAAGGAUCAAAAACAAACGACAAUGAUACCAGAAAACGAAUUAUUUCUGGACAAAAUGAAGCUCCGGGAGGAGGCGGCAAAAACAGUGAACUUCGAGAAGCGACAAGAGGAUCCACCGGUGAUCAAUCAAGGCAAAUACAUACCACCAACGGAAAAAAUCCGAUAUGUCGAUCCUGACCCGUAUCGAUGGUAUCGAGAAGGAGGAGCAUGUGGAAAAAUGGAUCAAUGCCCGGGCUCGAAAAACUAUUUCUUUCGAGAAACGAAGCCUCUCGUAGUGAUCUCGUUUGAUGGUUUCUCAAAAGUGUACGAUCAGAAUCGAGCAGUGAAAAAUCUCGAGCACAUCAAGAAGUGCGGAACGACGGCUGAAUUUGUGAUUCCGUCCUAUCCGACAAAAACUUUCCCAAAUCACUACACAAUUGCCACUGGAGUUUAUCCGGGACAUCACGGAUUGGUCGAUAACUAUGUCUAUGAUCCAGCGAUCUCAGACAAGGUUCUUGACGGUAAAUACAAUCGCGAUCCAAGGCUGUUUCAAUCAGAUCCGAUUUGGUCACUCUACAAGCGAGUAACUGGCAAGAAAACGGCGUGUAUGAUGUGGAUCGGAUGCAACAAUCACCCCGAUUUUCAGCCGGAUUAUCUGGAACCGUUCAAUUUCAACAUCACUGACGCACAGAAAUUUGAUGAGGUCGCUGAAUGGCUAUCAAAGCCCGAAGACGAACGACCCGGCCUCACUAUGGUCUACAUUGCCGAGCCGGACGAUAGCUCACAUUGGGCGAGGAUGAAUGAAGGGAAUUUGAGAAGCGACGCUCUUGCCGAAAUUGAUCACUUGCUCGGGCGUUUCUUCAACAAACUGCACGACAAGAAUCUGAUGGACUGUUUUAACAUCAUUGUACUCUCUGAUCAUGGAAUGGCUGAUCUUUACACUCACAUCAACUUGAAGACGAAACUCUUCGAUCCAAAGCUAAAAAUGAUCACCGGUCCUUUAGCUCGAUUUCAUUUUGAUGGAAGCUCCACAACUCAAGCGGAUAUUCGAAAAGCUUUCCCAUGUGACAAUGGGACAAAUCAUUUGCUUUUUAACAAGAAAACCUUUCCACCGAGGUGCCACUACACGGAGAAUCCAAGGACAGGGGAUAUGAUACUGGAGGCACCGAUUGGGACAGAAUUCAGAGGGGAUGAUUCAACUUAUCGUCACGGAGAUCACGGUUACGAUUACCUCGAGCCCGAGAUGAGAACCGUUUUCUUCGCACGAGGGCCCGCCUUUCAAAGAAAAGCUGUUCUCGCUCCAUUUCAAAAUGUUGAAUAUUACAACUUGUUUGCCGAGCUCCUUGACAUUCCGAGCAAGCUCAUCUCUCCAAACAAUGGCACAUACGGGCGAUUGGAGGGAGCGCUGACGAAACAAAACAACGAACAGGAUCCAUUCUACUGGGCAGCUCAAACGAUACCUGAAUGUCCCCGAAGAGCGUUUCAAUUACCGACAAUAAAGGGAUGCGGUCCCGGUUACCAAUCAUGUGAUGCUCCUUCUGCGAUUUGUCAUCAAAAACCGAGAAACUUGGCAGCAACAAGUUUGACGGAUGUCAAAUUCUGUGUAAAAGAGCUUUGCGAUUUAACCGUUUUGGAAAGAAGAGAAACGUUGGAUGCUCCCAAAAAUCAGUUCUUUGCGUCAGCGGUGGAUAAAAUCGUUUACGAGAUGGCCACUGAGAAAAACAGCACUAACGAUUGCCCAUAUUAUAGAGAAGACUACAUGGAAGGGUGUAUAUUUUAUGAGGCGUCCCCCGAAAACCCUACAACCCAUGUUGGGUUGUCGAUACGAAAUCAAAGAUACAUGUUCGAAUCUGUUAAGAUGAAUGUCUUUUUCAAGGGAGUCUGGGAUGAAUUGAACGCGUUGACGAACGAAUAUCUAUCAAAUCAAGAGCCGCUAUUGGUGAUCUCCGGCUCAUACACAAAGGAUGGAGAUUUGCCCACUCAUCUCUUCCGAAUUCUUCUUUCGUGCGGACCCAAAGAUAACUGGAAUCCGGUGCUACGGGAAUGUGUGGAUCAAAAUCACUCUCGUGUUCUCUCAUUUCUUUUCCCCAAUAUGGAUGAGGAUCUGAAUUGCAUGGAUUCUCGAAAACGUCUUCUCAAGUACACCGCCCGAGUUCGGGACAUUGAAGCACUGACAGGGUUGAGAUUUUUCCGCAACUCUCUCCCCUAUCCACAAAUGAUUCAAAGAACAACUUUUAUCCCGCUAGAACUUUGG